GUGUCAUAUACGGGUUGCAGUUGGUGUCGCUGUGUAGGUGGAUUCUUCUUCUGUUGGAGUGCGGCAUACUUUGUAAAAUAUAUUGUGGACACACACUGCGCAAAGUAUGGCUAAGGAUAAAGUACAAUCCUCUAAUAAAUCAAUGAAAAUAUCAGCUCGUGGACAGAUUCUCAAACGCAAACAGACUAAUAGCAAAAAGUAUAAUGUAACACAAAAGGUGUUAAAAAAAUAUAACUUGCGAGUGAAACCAUGCCCUUUGAGACAGUAUUUGAUCCAGAAACAGAAAACCGGAAACUGUAAGGCUCUUCAGAAUGAAACAUCAGGAAACAAUAAGAUUGGAGUGCCCUCACCUAAAGCACAUGUGAAAAGAUUAUGCCGUAGAAAACUUCACAAAGGUACACAGACUGACAUCAGUAUGACUUUUGCAACAGGAAAUAUACUGGAAGAACAUGAUAUAGUGGCAUCCUGCUCUAAGGGACAACAUGAACAGUGCGCUAUAAAGAAGGAACCAGGAAACAUUCAGGUCAUAACAGGUGCUGACAGGAAGAAUACUGGUUCCACUGACAGUUUAAUCCAAGCUAUUCCAUCAACAUCAACAGCAAAGCCCCAUUCAUUGCCAGAAAUAUCAGCUACAGUUUCACCAAAAAGAAGUGUAUGUGUAAUGACAGAUGCAGUCAUUACAGUUCAAAAAGCAGUGGCAGCUACACAGGCACUACGAGUACCACAAAGAAAUGCAGCCGUGAUGUCAGAGAAAAUUAUUACACAUGACAAAACAGUAUCAGCAAGAUUGCCACUGACACCACCAAAAUGUAAUGUAGCUGUGAUGACAGAUAUAGUAGAUGAGAAAAUAGGAAACAAAUCAAAGCAGGCAUCAAAACAUGGAAAAAGAAGUGCAGCAAAGACCUCAAGAAAAGGAGAUGAUAUUAUAUUAAUAAGUAAUGCGUCAACAUCAGACACAGGUGUUCCACAGAAAAAAGAUGUCGGAGUAAUGACUGAUGGUUGUGUUAAAAUUUGUCUUCAUGCACAUGAAAUAUUAGAUGAUCUACCAGAUUUGAUGGCUUUGGACUGAAAACUGAGUUUAUAGAGAGAAAACUUGAGUUUAUAUAGAGAAAUGAAGAUUUAAUGGUCAGAGGAAAUAAAAACCUACUUAGAAUACUAUCUUGGGGGGGGGGGGGGGCUCUUUCAUUUGUUUAGAGACUGAAGUAAAAUAAUGUGUAGUGCAGCUAAAAUUUCAAAUCCUACAGAUAAAGUGGAUAGGAUAUCCAAUGAUGUAGAACAUAGACAAAAAAGAAGUAGUGAGAGAGGAAGAAAAUGGACCACAAAAGACUCAUGAAAACAGAGGAGGGGAAAUAAAAUAAAGGAUGAAAACAUCAGAACCAUAAAAAUUGGAACUAAUAGAAAAUUCUCAAAUUAAUUAAGGUCAAAGGUAUCAUAUGACAAUGUUACACUAUGUAAAGUAACUUCUUAUCUGUAGAUUUUUUAAAUUACGUAACUGUGAAAAGUAAGAGAUGGCUUGAGUGUGGAAGUAUAACAGAAUAAAAUAUGCCGUUAGUAUAAACUCUUUGUGCAUGCUCAUACAUGUUUGCAUGUUUUAUGCUGUACACCUCAGUCUAUGAAACUUGAUAUUGUGUACGAGUGAGAUGACAUAUAAAUUGAUAGUAAAAUUCAGAUUCAUAGGUCUCUCCUCCACAAACCUGCAAAGAGUUCUUCAUUUAUAGCAAUGAUUAAUCAUACAUCUUUAGAUAAUUAUUUUAAAAUUGGAUUGUGUGUUGUGUAAUAAAAUGUAAUCAAAAUGCUGAUGCUUUUGUUUUCUACUGUAAUUUCAAUUAAUGACUGUAUUAGCACUUCUAUGUUGAAAUAAAGAGUUUAUUAUAUAGAUUAUACAAUUAAAACAAUAAUAACCAAAACAAUGAAA